AUGGGGGAUAACAACUUUUACAAACAUUCAAAUGAUUCAAGUUCAACAAGAAUAUCCAAUGUUGAUUUCAAUACUUUAAAGAAAGUGACAACCAAUACAUCAUUUUCCUCAAAUGUUUCAGCAUCAACUACCAAGACAUCCUUGACGAAAUUAUUCUCCAAAAAGAAACCGGAAUUACAAUUGGAUACCCAAAGCUUGUCAAGUAGUGCUAGUGAUAGUGUGACAACGACCAGAUCAAGGAAAAAUUCAAUGAAUUCUCCAGUUUCAAGCACCUUUCAUAAUCUUUUCCAUAGAUCACAUCACCAUCACCACCAUCAUCAUCAGCCACAAAUUCAGGAAACACUACAAAAGAAUUCAGAUGAUUCGAAGAAAACUACACUUUGUCUAUCGUCCAAUAGUUCAAAUUCAGUUAUACAAGAUGUGGAAUUAGCUAAAAUCUACAAUUUUACGAAUCCAAACUUUUCAAUUGAAGAUAAUGGGGAAGAAGUUGGAUCCCAUCCUCAUCAUUCGAGUAACAACAGUUCGUUUUUGGAUAUUCACAAGAAGAUGUUGGUUCCAGCAGAUCUGUACAUUCAAAAUAAGUUAAACAAGUAUCAUCAAAUUGAAGUUGGGUUGGGAAUAUAUGGAAGCGAGGGUGAUGAAAGACCAAUUUCAAGUGGCAUUGGCGGAUCAACGAGUGGCAACAAAGAUUCAAGGAAUGUUCGAAUAUACACAAAUUUGUAUCAUUAUUUGAAGCCAUUAUUUGUACCUUCGCAACAGAAAACUACCAGAAAAGGAUUCACUAGACCGGUUUCCGAAUAUGCAGUUGAAGAGUUGGCGAAUUUUGUAAAGGAUAGUUUUUGUAUACCUUCUGCUUCACCUUCGAUUGCUUUCCCUGUACAAGAUCAAACAGGGGUAUCAGCCACUAGUCAGCUUUCACCAUCAAUCAAGGGUUUUCGUCUGAAGACCAGUAAAAGUAGUACAAAAUUAUCACGAAUGAAUACAUCGACUACUAGAUUUUUUGCAUAUGGUAGUGAGCAGAAGACGGAAGAUUUUGAUUACUACAAACUUCGGGAAAUAUCACAAGAUUUGAUGACACUAUUUGUCAAAUGCAUGACUGCAUUGCACAAUGAUAUUGUUCAACAUGAUCAGUCGAAGCUUAUCCAACAGUUGGGACUUUCCAAAACAGAACAAACUACAGAUUUGGCAAAAGCGAUGCCCAAGAAACAAUGGCUAUUGAUAAUAAUUUCAUGGAAAUAUUUUAACAAGGUGAUUAGGUUCUAUAUUAUUUCAAUAUUCCAUCCAUUACAAGCUUAUUUUCAAGAAUUGACUGCGAUUCAAGAGCAUCAAUACCAGCAUAAUUUACAACUGUCACAAGGGAUACAUAAGACAUUAUCAAUUGAUAUCGAUGAUUUAUUAUUAGGAGCAUUUUACAAAGUAUUUGUUCUUGAUAAUGACGAUGACAUUCAGAUUUUUGGGAACAAUAGUAAUGGUGAAACCAAUGAAUUAUUUAUAAACACUAUAUCUUGGAUGAAUUCAAUUAUGUAG